GGAGCAGAUGAGGAGCGACCGGGAUCUGCAAACGCUGGAGGCCAGAGCACGUUUACAUGCAGGAGUGUGGCUCAAGAAGGCUGAAGCUUCUGCGAACUCGAUGUUGGAGUCUUUCCCCGACACAGACCCUGUCGGCAUAGGACUCCCUUCCACUGGUCAUGGUAUCGCUUACCUCGCAUGGAAGUUCCGCGGGCACCUCUUCGUAGACGAUCACGCAUGGCACCAUUUCUAUCGCACGCUGGCCCUGCGCUACGCAGACAAAUACCCGGACAUUACCGCGGCCGACUCGUUGCCAGUACCGCAUUUCUCCUUGACACAGUAAUGCCGGUGAUGCGCUUCUCCUUCAGCUGCUGUAUGGCAUUCAUCGGCGCAGUAUCCCUCAACUUCAUGACAUCGCGAUGGGCGGCGCGCCCGCGCAUGUUGUUCCUCGGUCUGGACAGUGUCGCGAGGCUGGGGUGGUAUGGCACGACCCCGUUCGUUUUGGCUUUCACGUCCAUCGCGCUGCACUAUCGUCGUCCGCUACAGCUGCAGGACAAGGCCCGCGUGACCGAGAUGCUGGGCAAGACUUAUGUGGAUGUCGACUGGCAAUACGGCCUGCUCUCAGGCAGACGUCGUUUGAAGCCUUGGUUUGAUGCCGUGUAAGUUGAUUUCAGUAUUUUAGUGUUCGCGAUCUGGUACUUAGUAUACGGUACAUACCUUCCACCGCUCUCACACGCUGCGUCCCUUGCUUUCUAUGAUAUCUAAACCUGCUC